AUGCUAUCAUCGGGGAAAUUUAAAGACAACGAGUAUGGGAAAGAAAGAGUACAGUAUUGGCCAAUGGGCAAACACCAGGAGCGUGCCUAUGGGACAAGCACGAGCGUAAUUAAAGGUAUGAAGGCUUCGCUUACGUUUAGUUUCUCCGACAUAUAUGCUCCUUGUACAAUUUCCAAGGACAUAUACCUCGAGUACGGCGAUAAAACUGCAGGCUUAUAUGGUGCAGUCGGAUUGCCCACAUACGGCCAGGCGUGCUCAUCCAAAAAAAUUGUGCGAUGCGUCUUGGACGACUCAUUGCCCUUCUGCAGUAUUGUUCUGCCUGCCAAACUUUUCGGGUUUGUAGCUACUCAACCGACCGUAGAUUUUUGUUAUUUCGAGCCAAUUCGUGGCGAUAUGAUACCCGUGCUGGAUAGUGUGACUUUUAUGAUCAAUGAUCUGCUUUACUCGAAGCUAAUGGGCCUGCCCCAAGAGAUACAGCAACAACAGUUCUUGCACUACAAAUACGGUAUCAACUCCAUGGAGACUGUCGUUCAUGCCCGAGAUAUACUUACAUCGGGUGUUUGCCAAAUUCUAAAUUGUUCACCUUUCUCGCAGGGGCUUGUGGAUUUCACCAAGACAGAACUGACUUUGAUCAAGGACGUUGAUCGGAAAUUGACCACGAAAAAAUAUGCUAAUGAAGACAGCACAUAUUCUUUACCUAAUAUCGGGACGAAUUCCGCUCUAUCGGUCAGGCUUGAGUCACUUCCAUACGUAAUCUCGAAAAAUCUUCUUAGACCACAACCCCACGCCAGCGAUGAUGAUUCGAUAUACGCGUUUACAGAUGCGGAAACUCUAUUACGACUGGAUGUCACGAGUGGAUCCUUCAUAAGAAUCUCCCAUGCAAGUUGCAUAAGGCUGGUUAAAUUAUUUGUUUUUCUACUGCCCAAUAGCUUCGAAAAAAGUUCAAUAUACGUACCACCUAAAGUAAUGGCAAGCUUUUCUGACUGCGACACUGUGACAAUAUCCAAGUCAAACAUUGGCUAUUCGGACAUUCCCAUCGCCAAUGAAGUUUGCAUUUCAAGGGUGGGCGGCUGGCUUCAGUCUCAAAAAAGCUUCCAAAAUAUUAUUUUGAAAGCUUUGAAAAAAUUCUUCAGCGAUAGUAAAAGGAUUCUUUGCCAAAAUGAUUUGAUUCCGAUAACAUUCGAUUCCAGCAUGGCUGAUCUUAACAUAAUAGAGAACGAAGACGACGACAACAAUAACGAUGACGAUCUAACCCAGUUUGAUAAGAACGACUCUGUUGUUUGGUUCGUUGUUACAAGCGUAAAACUGGAAAACGUCUCUCUGGAUAAUGCCCACUUUGUUAUUGAUCCCCAGCGUACUAAAUUAAUAACUACAAAUAUUGUCAACAAAAAGCCUUUGCCUUUAAACAAGUGCGAUCUCCAAAGUUAUUACGGGUUUGCUAAAACUUUCCACUAUGACAUGCACAUAUUCCCCUACAUAAGACAGUUGGUUAAUAUAUUAGAGACCUCAUUCGAUUGUUCUCAAAGAGGGAUAUCUCUAAACACUUCAGUACUACUCCAUUCUACUACAAACAAUGUAGGUAAAGCUACAGCCGUGCGAUUUGCUUCUAAACAUCUUGGCGUACAUCUGUUAGAGAUCGACUGCCUCUCAUUAACUACAAAUCUGGGCCACUUGGAUUCUACUUCCAAAAUUAUUGGCUAUAUAAGAGCGAAAUGGGAAAACGUACUGCCUUACACGUCUCCUGCCGUAAUUUUUUUGACCCACUUAGAUUCGAUUUUGCUCGAUGUAAACUCCAAUCAAGAUCCAGAGGCAACUAAAUUACAAAAAUCCAUAAACUUUGAAAUGUCUAAACUCUUGGACGAUUUCACAUCUGAGUUUCCAGGAACGACGUUUAUUGGAUCUGUGAAUAAUAUAGACAACAUUCCUUCAAGUUUUAGGUCGCAUAUGAGAUUUGAGAUUCUUGUUACUGUUCCAUCUGAAGCGCAAAGAUUACACAUCUUCAAAUGGUACCUAUCUUCAUCGGAACUGAACAAUGAUGUUAAACAGAAAACCCCGCUAUGCUGCGCAGAUAACAUUUCCUUUUCUUCACUCUCUUCACAUUCUGCUGGGCUAACUCCUUUAGACAUCAAGUCAAUUGUAGAAACAGCACGAAUGACAGCCACAACGCGUUUUUACCAAGAAACGAAGAAGUCCGGAUGGCAUUCGCAGUCAAUUUUGAUACUGAAAGAGGACUUAUCAAAAGCUAUAUCUAAGGCUAGAGACGAAUUCUCAGUCUCAAUUGGAGCCCCACAAAUUCCUAAUGUGACAUGGGAUGAUAUAGGUGGUAUCGACAUUGUGAAAGGUGAAAUAAUGGAUACGAUAGACAUGCCUCUAAGGCAUCCUGAGUUAUUUAGCUCAGGUAUGAAAAAGAGAAGUGGUAUCUUAUUUUAUGGACCACCAGGAACAGGCAAAACCUUAAUGGCUAAAGCCAUUGCAACAAGUUUUUCUCUAAAUUUUUUUAGUGUCAAAGGUCCUGAAUUAUUGAACAUGUAUAUCGGUGAAAGUGAAGCCAAUGUACGUAGAGUUUUCCAAAAGGCAAGAGAGGCUAAACCGUGUGUAAUUUUUUUCGACGAAAUUGAUUCUGUGGCCCCCAAGCGUGGGAAUCAAKGUGACUCAGGUGGCGUUAUGGAUCGUAUAGUUUCUCAAUUACUAGCCGAGCUAGAUGGGAUGAGUACCGAUGCCGAUGGUGUUUUCGUGAUUGGAGCAACCAAUAGGCCAGACUUAUUGGAUGAAGCAUUGCUGAGACCGGGGAGAUUCGACAAGUUGCUAUAUUUGGGUAUACCAGACACCGAUGCCAAGCAACUGAAUAUUUUAGAAGCGUUAACUCGUAAAUUCAUACUUGACACUGACGUGAACCUCAUUGAGUUGGCGACACUGUGUCCAUUCAAUUACACAGGUGCGGAUUUUUAUGCUCUCUGUUCUGAUGCAAUGCUAAAUGCUAUGACAAGAAUCGCACAUAUAACAGAGAUUAAAGUCUCACAGCACAACGAAAGUACCGGUGCGAACAUUUCGACACGUCGUUGGUUUGAUAAGAUAGCCACAAAGGAUGAUACCAAGGUUGUUGUUAAAAUGAUUGACUUCCUGAAGGCACAAGAGCAGCUCGCUCCGAGUGUGUCCCAGGAAGAACUGAAUCACUACCAAAUGGUGAGGGCCAAUUUCGAAGGGGUAUAA